CUCGCGGAUGCCCGAAAAUGGCACACUAUGAUCAACGUUGGCUGAAACUCUUCUCCGGCUGCCUUUUCCUCCUUUUGCUGGCUCUGCAGGUUUCAGAGGCCAAGCGAUCAAAUGCCAAUCUCACGGCCUGCCAGCACUUAAGACGCUCGGAAACGAGAAGAGCGAAGGCCCUGCAAUCGGGAUUGGAAGGACCAUCGAUUCGAGUACCUCGCUGCCAAAAGAACGGUGACUUUGACACGAUCCAGUGUCAGGAUGAGAAAGCUGGCCGGGAUUGCUGGUGUGUGGAUGACUACGGCGUGGAGCUGCCAGGCAGUCGGAAUGAAACUCGAUCCGGAGUGAGUUGCUCGGAGCCAAAGCACUGUGCCGCCUCCGCGUGCCGCAUGUUCUGUCCCUCGGGAUUCGCUAGGGAUACCGAAACAGGUUGCUCCGUCUGCCGCUGCCGGGAUCCCUGCGAUGGCCUGGAGUGUCCACGCGGCCAGUCGUGUCAGCUGCAGGAGGUGCAGUGCAAAUCGGAGCCCUGUCCUCCACUCCCGACCUGCAAGAAGGCCAGAUCACUGGCCAAUCUCUGUCCCGCCGGCUUGCCUUUGGCCAUUGAUGAUACAGUGAGACCCUUCCUUUGUGGCAAGGAACCAGGAAAGCCGCAGUGUCCUCCUUUGUAUCAGUGCCUCGUGGAGUCUGGUAAUGAUUAUGGCGUGUGCUGUCCCAGUGCGCUGACCUUCCAGAAACCGGGAGUCUGUCCUUCACCCGAGCAAUCGCAGUACUCCGAACGCACUGGCUACAUGUGUGGAUCUCCCUGCUCCCAUGAUUUGGAGUGCAGGAAUAUGGAGAAGUGCUGCCUGACCAAGGGAUGCCAGUUCAAUUGCCAGCAGCCUGGAAAUGUCACCGGUUGUCAUCAGGCCAAGGCUCUCGCGGAUAUCCUGGCGAUUAAUGAGAGGGAGGGACGAGGCUAUGUACCCGAGUGCAAUGGUCCUGGAGGUCAGUUCUCGCCAAGACAAUGCUCCCGCAAUGGACUCGUCUGCUGGUGUGUGGAUCCCCGAACGGGUCACAAGAUCAAGGAGACCAUGGGUGCGGCCAAUAAUGUAAACUGCGAUGGUUGGGAGAACAUGAUCAGCAGGUCGUAUGCCAGGAGCUUCCAGAUGGAGCAGUGCGACACCAAUAUCUGCGCCGCCGUCUGCGAGUACGGAUUCAAGAACGACCACAAUGGCUGUCCCACCUGCGAAUGCUCGGAGCCCUGCGACGGCUUCAAGUGCUCCAUUGGCUCCCAUUGCGAGGUGGCCACCGAUCCGCUGUGUGAAUCCGGCUCCUCUCUCUGCGCCUCCUGGCCCGUCUGCAAACCCGACCUCGUUUACUCCAAUCCCUGCGACGUGGGCACCCCACUUUCCGACGCCGCCACCGGUGAGGUUAUGUACUGCUUUGAGGAUCGUCAGGGACGCAGCUUCCAGCCAACGGCCUUCUUUGAACCCGAGCCAGAGUCGCAGUCCAAGCAGGGUCGCUCCAUGAGCAAUAGGAUUAUGUGCCCGGAGCAGUACAAGUGCACCAAACUGCAUCGCGAAACGGAGAAUGUGUGUUGUCCAGUGCCGGAGAAAACAACUCCUGCUGAAGAGGCAACGGGAACGCAUCAGCAAACCAUGUGCGAAUAUUUGAGGGACUUUUCGGAACGCAUGGAGGGCACCGAAGAGGGCAUGCAGCUGGCGGUUCCCUCGCCACGUUGCACCACCGAUGGCGACUACGAGGGUCGCCAGUGCCAGCUGAAGAAGAUUAGGGUUACCCGCGCUGAACAACGCAAGAUUCUCGAGGAGAACACCAUUCGGCGGAUGAGGAUGCUGCUGGCCAGUGCUGCUCCCAGUCUACCCAAGCGAUCGCGUCGGGAUUUGGAACGCCUGAAGCUUUAUCGAGUGGAAGAUAGUGCCCUCAAAGUCCAGGUGGCUGCUCCCGUCAUGGGUCGCAGUGCCAAGGUGAUCGACAUGGGUGCCGAUCGCCAGCAGGGAUUGGGUCAGCUCUUCGAAACGGAAUUCAAGAAGGUAGCCUCGGCUUCUAAGCGACCCCCAGAGAACGAGGAUGAGCUGGUGGAGAUGGAAGUGGAGCAAUGCUGGUGUGUUGAUAGUUUUGGUACGGAGAUUCCUCGCUCCCGGGCCUACAAUGUCAGCGAGGAUAAUUGCCGGAGUUUGAGGGAGGAUUUGGACUGCCUGGAUCUCACCUGUCGCAUGGGUUGCGAAUAUGGUUUUGCCCUGGAUCCCGAUACCCGCUGCCCGGCCUGCCAGUGCCGUGAUCCCUGCGAGAAUGUCGCCUGUGGCUCUGGCAAGGAAUGCCGCGUGGUGGACGUGAGCUGCGAGGGUGAGUACUGCCCCCCGGUGCCCGCCUGCCUGCCCAGGAAGCCGGGACAGUGUCCUUAUUUGGUUCCCCCGGGUCCCGAUAACCUGGAUGCCAACACCUGCGCCUACGAGUGCCGCACCGAUGCCCAUUGCGAGGGAGCCCGUCGCUGUUGCUCCAAUGGCUGUGGCACCCAGUGCGUGGAUCCGCAGCUGAAGACAGCCUGCCAGCAUCUGCAGGCCAUCCAGCUGCAUCAGAGCUCCGAGCUGGGCAUUCCCGCCCGUCAAAUGGCAGUGGCCCAAUGUGAUCCGAAGAGCGGAAAAUGGGAGCAGGUCCAGUGCUCACCCGAUGGUCACUGCUGGUGUGUGGACAAUCAGGGCAAGAUUCUCCCCGGCACUCGGGUGAAAUCUUCUGAGACGCCCAAAUGUCAGGAGAACUCAAGUUACGCCUGUCCAAAGUCCAAUUGCAGUAGCAGCCUUCAGUGCGAAAGUGGCUACCAAAUGGACUCGAAUGGUUGUCCCACUUGCGAGUGCAGAAACUACUGCCAGGAGGUGAGCUGCUCGGCGCACGAGGAGUGCCAACUGAUCAACGUGGAGUGCGUGGACACCCCGUGUCCCAAGAUGCCCAUCUGUGUGCCGCGUCGCGCCUCCGUUUGUCCCGAGGGCAAUCCCCUCCAGCAAGGCGACCUGGACAUGAGUUGUGGUCCCCACAAUGAGCACGAAGCCUGUCCCACCACCCACUCCUGUCAGCUGAAUCCGGUCAGCAAUCGCGGCGUCUGCUGCUCCAAGACCCGCGAUGUUUGCUUCGAGUCCAUGGACAAUGGCUGUCUGGCCUCUGGCAAAACGGAAAGGAAUAGCACGCGCUAUAGGUUCAGUCCCAGGGCCAACAAGUGCCUGCCGGUGAUCAUUGAUGCCGAGGCUCCCGCCUGCCAGACCAAGAACCUCUUCCACAACGAACUGGCCUGCAACUCUGUGUGUCCAGUGCUCACCCAAUGCGAACGCCUGAAGCUCAAGAACAGUCUGGCUGCCCAGCGAACGGGACACUCCUCCGUGUGGUUCCAGCCACGUUGCGAUCCCGUCACCGGUCACUGGAGUCCAGUGCAGUGCCUGGGCAAGCAGCCCCAACCUCUGGACAGGCACACCGAGAUUGUGAGUCGCGCCUUUGCCUCCGAACCGGCAGCCGCUGGCGAGGAUUCUCCCGGAGUUUGCUGGUGUGCGGACAAGAAGGGUGCUCCUUUAAAGGGAACCCUCACCAGGGAAACGGAACCCAUUUGCAACAGUCGACAGGCUCGUAAUCGCAAGGUAGAUAUUGGAGAUCCCCUGAUGGAGCAACUGAUUGCGCAGCUGACCCAACUGAAUGAUGUGGCUAGCGAGGAUUUGGAUUUCGAUGAACUGGAGGCCAGAAUUCUACCCGCCACCGCCAGUGCAGCGGAGUCAAGUGUUACCGAAAGAGUGCUCGAGCUGGCCAACUCCCUGCUGGACUCACAGUUGUCCGUGGAGCAGGCCACCAUGAAGCCCAUGGAGGUGAAGACCACCCGUUGUCGAGCUCUCAAGGAAACGGCACCGUUUCCGGUGAGCUGCGAUGAGGCGGGAGCCUUCCAUCCCCUGCAAUGCAAUGGCAGGAGUUGCUGGUGCGUGGAUGCGGCGGGCAAUCAACUGCAGGCCACCCACAUCUUUGGAGCCGGCGAUCGUCGUUGCACUCAUGUGCCCAUCGAGGCGGUGGCCAUUGAACUGCAUCUCACAAACAGCAGCGGGCGGAGUGUGAGGAAUGCCUAUGACACCAUCAGAAGGGAAUUGCAGCAGUUGCUGGGUGGCGAAUCCGUGGAGAAUCUCCGGGUGCAGGAGAACUUUGAUGGCUCGGCCAUCGUCCGUUUUGAGCUGCACAACGAGGCCAAGGUGGAUUUGGCCUUUGCCAUCGAAGCAGCCAUUUCCUCGGGUGAUUUCCGUUUGGCCGGAGGUCACUUUCUGCCCGACUUGACCCGCUCCCACUUUGUCCAUCGAAGUGCUGCCGUUCCAGUCGCCCAGGCGGCCACCUCGCAGGAUGAGUCCAUUCAGCUGGUGCUCUUCAUCAUGGCCACCAGUUCCGCCUUCCUGGUGAGCAUAUUUGUGGUCUAUGUGAUGCUGAAGAGGAGCAGGAACCUCAAGGCCUCGAAUCCGUAUGUCAAAGGAGGCGGUGGGAAUGGUGACAAACCCGUGGACUACUCCGCUCCCAUCUUCGUGCUGGCCAACGACAAGGACGCCCAUGGACUGGACAGCCUGAAGGGGUUCAAGGCGUAGGUUGAGUUCCAUUGUUGAGUUAUCUAAAUCAAUUUGUAAAUAAAAGAGAGCAAAUUAAGGAUUUACUUUUAGGGGGGAGGAGUGAGGGAGUCCCACUAUCGAAUACUUGUACUUAAACUAAGACGAUUAAUUUAUGAAUAAAGCUUUAAAAUUGAA